AUGUUAGACCCAUUUAGAAUGGCAACUGUCCGUAGAUAAUCAGAAUUAAUCAAAUCUAACAAUCAAUUAAUAGAAUAACAACCAAGAGGUAGAUAAUAAUGUACCAAACACAAUCAAAAUUUAACAGAAAUUGUCAAUCAGUGCAUUCAACGUUCAUAACAUUCUAUUGAUGCUCUCUAAUAAAUUAGAGCAAGAUCUAAAGAUAGAAGAAGUUCCUAUCAGAAAACAACUAGAUAAUCAACUAUUAGCAGUUAUAAAGGAUAAACGUCUCCUAGUUUUAGACAUGAUGAUCAAUCUAUCACAUCAUCAAUCUAAGAAUCUGUAUCAAGUUAACAACCUGUCAGAUUAUUUAGCUUUAUUGAAAAUGAACCUAGUUUUAGAGCUAAGGAUAUGCCCUUAUAAAUUAAUAAAUCAAGUUUAGAAACAAAAAAAAAACCACUCAUUUAACUCAAAGAAAAUUAAAGAAGAAUAACUAAUAUUGAUCAACUAUUUUAAGAAGCCUUACGUAAAAGCUAAUAAAUUACAGAAAAAUUUAAUCACUGA